GAUUCGAUGCGGUCCGGCUUGUGCGGCGACACCUGAAGCCUGUAUGCAUCUUUGGAUGGGUACCAUGAAUUGUGAAGAUCCAGGCGUGGAGAGGGCUGUUCUCUCCUGGUCCAGAUUUGCUACGGCUGGCCAGACAGCCCUCAAGGAGGCCCUGAAGGUCUUCAAUCCCAUAUCCCAGGAUCUGUCUGAGACCGAGAGGCAGAUGGUGUCUUUCCUUCAGGCGCUGAAAGACGAAGGACGCAAACCCGUGGUGCUCAGGAGCAAAGACGUUUACGGAUACCGGUCGUGCACGACGCAGCACCUCUCGUACGAGAUCGGCAGCAAGGUCCAGAGAGCGCAGAAGCCUCCUAAGAAACGAGGACGGAAGGGUUUAAUCAAGAACAAGGAUCCCAAUUACGCAGUUUUCGGGACGGCCGCCAAGGCCAUCCUGCAGAACCAGCCCAAGAUUCUGCUGACCAACCUGUCAGUGGACGCGCUAAAGCAGACUGUUUCAUCCAGACCGUCAGUGCCGAGUCCAGUCCAAGAGCAGCAGUGCCUGAAAUUAACAAACAUAAAGGGCCACACUGGGGGCCACACGGCCAGGUUGCAGAUACACUUUGGGGCCACGGCGAGUCCCAGCGCUCAGUGCCCGCCGACGCUCUCCGGGAUACCGCACUCACCGUCAGAAUUGUCGAGCGUAGUAGCUUUGGACAAUAAAAGAGUUUUAUCCUGCCCGUUCAAAGUGGACGGUGCUCUGAUCGGAGACUCCGCGCCCGUUGUUUAUCAGAACGGAUUAAGUCUCAAGGAGGAAACCAAGAAGGUCCAAGUAAUGUCGGGUCAACCCGCCGCGAUGAGCAACGGUUCGAUCUGUGAGGACAGCGACCCGGUCCGGAGGUUGGCUUACCAAGGUUUAGGUGCCUGGUCCCAGCCAGGACUCCUCACGAACGGCCAGGACGUGUCGAAACUAAACGAAAAUGGCCUUCAGGGUAAGGUCAUCAAAGUGGACGAGUCGGUGACGGACGAGGAGGUGAGGAGAGAGGCGCAGAAAAUCUUACGGGUCAAUUUAUCGCCCGUGAUAGAGAUUCACCCGCUCGUGCGCUCGGUAUAAACUAGAAAGAACAAAAGUGACUUUUAUAUCCUGCUAAUGUUAGAUUUUCUUAUACUGAUACGGAUCAAAGCGUGAGUCUGAACAGGAAGUCUUUUCUUAAAAUAUGCAUCAGUCGCACACAUGACCGACAUCCAAAGAAGAAAAUCGCAGUUUUUGCUGUUCAAAAAUACGGCACUUUUAUUUUGCUUAAAAUUAAAACAGAGGUGCAGGGGGUAGAAUUACAUUCGUCCAAACUCUUCUAGAGCUUUUUUGUUCUAUAUAUUUACGCAUUUUCUCCCAAUUUAUCGGAAUCAAUCUGUCUUCCGCUGCUGGGGAUCCCUGAUUGCAGUCCGGGUGCUACUCACGCCUUAGCGGAACCAUUUUCCACCAGUGCGUUCUGCACAGGCGCCUCUCUAUCUGCCAAUCGGGGUCCUUACACAGCGUUUGAAGACCCCGUCCACAUAGUCCGGUCGUCCCGCCCUAGCGGAACCGUGUCUGUUGCAGGCGCUGCCAGUUAUGCCCGCUAUAUGGCGCCCAGCCGAGAUUCGAACCGAGGGGUGCUGGCAGAAUAUCCCGCUGCACCACCUGGGUGCCAGUCUAGAGCUUUUAAGGCGUUUUUUUUUUUUUUCACGGAAUCUUUUAAUAAUGUUAUGGACUGUAGACACGAGCCAAUAGUCCAGCGAUUUAUGAACAACGUGACGAACCUCGUUCCUGCUUGUUUUUGCUGACGCUGCUUUUAUACCCGAACCCGACGGCCUAUGAAACAUUCAUUCUGGAUGAAGAUCAACCCUGUACCAACUCUUUUGGAAAGUGUUGAUGGCAUUAAAUUAGCAUUUUGUGCACAUUGACCAAAAUAAAUAAGGUUAAUAAAGUCAAAGCAUUAAAUAUCUCUUCUUUGUGCUGGUUUAUAACUUAUAAAAGACCUGCUGCAAGAUAUGUUUGCAUGUCAUCUACUCCCCCGACUUUUGUAUUUAUUUUUCUCAAUUUAUUUCUUUUUAAUUGGAGUUAAAUUGGAGUAUUCGGUUACAUUUGCCCUGUAAAUCUUUUGAAAUCUUGGUUGUAAUUCAGUAAUUGUUACCCCCUGCACCUCAUAACAGUCGUACAUUUGGAGCACUUUGUUCGAUUCAUUUCCGGAUGGUGCAGAAGAAAUGGCCUUACUUUUUUUUUUUUGACAGGUUUGUGUUGGGUUAGUUCCAGCUUUAGCAUUUUUCCAGUGCCAGCGCUGGUUUUUUGGUGCUAGACGUCGCUACCGGGAAUAAAUUCUGUUUGUGACAGGAAUUUAGGACGUCCAGCUUUUAGUACCACGUACCAAUUUUCAAAGAUUAGAUUCAAGUUCUGCGACACUGAGAAAAUCUUCGGCUUUUUGUGCUCAUGGAUUUCUGAUGAUAAACAUCCUGGAUGAUCUGUUUAUUUCAAUAAAAGUAGUUGAGUUUGAAGGAAAGGCCGAUUUUGCAGUAAUACGUCCUUUAUUUUGUUCCUCUGCAGUUUAUUUUGCUUUAUGAUUUUCUUUACUGAGCUUUAGAGCUGUGAUAUGGAUGUGUUUUUGAGGACUAAUGCAGAGUCGAUAUCAGACGAGCGAACACGAUUCUGAUCAACGUGUAAAACUGCGUUUUUAUGAAUUCACCUUACACGUGUGCACAGUUCCACCAACAAGUUCUCACGAAUUUAUCCGGAUCAUCGCCGGCGGUCAGAACAAGCGAACCGGUGCCCAGACUUUAAGAAAAGACUCUUCUUUUAUUAUCGACUGGUGUUUUUUAUUCAGUCGGUUUUGUGACCUUGAAAACUGUAAAGCGUCAGUGUUGUAUCUUUAGUUAAAAGUUGUGAAUUAAAGUAUUUUAAACAAUC